UCUCCGCUCUCACAGACCGCGCGCAACCUCCACCUUGUUCGGCGCGCGUGUCAAUAGUUUCUCUGACAACUCUGGCACAGCGCUAUUUUGCCGGAGGUCACAAGAAGGUUGGACACAUUUCUAUGUUGGUGGGUGUGUGUGGUUAUUUUUAUAUAUGUGUUUAAAGGAAGGAGCGGUUUGGUUUUUUUCCUCCCGUACUUUUCAGCGCGCGUCACCAUUUCCUCCAAAAACGAGUCGGACUUUUUAGCGCGAGCUUCUCGGGUGCUCCACAGCAAGCGAAUAAUCGGCGCGGUCGUGGGCAUCAUCAUGAUCGUGGCGCUCAUCAUCGCGAUUCCGUUUAUGGUCCAGACCUCUGUGGUUUCUGCGCACUACGAGAUGAUGGGCACCUGCCGGAUGAUCUGUGAUCCGUACAACCCCAAACCGAGCGCCACGGCGCUGGAGGUGAUGCAAGAUCUCAGUGCCAUCCCACCAUCUUUCGCUCAGGGGACCAGAGGUGAACCGGGCCGGCCAGGCAAACCGGGCCCAAGGGGUCCACCUGGCGAGCCUGGCCCACCAGGUCCUAGGGGACCACCCGGAGACUCCGGGAGACCUAGAUUCACCAGCAUCGCUUCGGGAACGGCGAGAACUGAGACGGGAGACGUUGGCCCAGCCUUAGGGAACGUUAAGAUCGCCUUUUAUGUAGGUCUCAAGAACCCUCACGAGGGCUACGAGGUGCUCCGGUUUGACGAUGUAGUGACAAACGUUGGAAAUCACUACGACCCAACAACUGGCAAGUUUACGUGCCAAGUGUCCGGAAUUUACUACUUCACCUAUCAUGUGCUGAUGCGCGGAGGGGACGGCACAAGCAUGUGGGCAGACCUUUGUAAAAACGGACAGGUUCGUGCAAGCGCCAUCGCUCAAGACGCCGAUCAGAACUACGACUACGCGAGCAACAGCGUCGUGCUGCACCUGGACUCUGGCGACGAGAUAUAUGUCAAACUCGACGGCGGAAAAGCGCACGGAGGCAACAACAACAAAUACAGUACAUUUUCCGGUUUCAUUCUGUAUCCAGACUAAAUACUUCUGCUUAAAUUGAUUUAUCAUUGAACUCCUCUCUCCGCGCGGGUCGGCACCUAUCUGCACUGUCAUUGGGAAUAUAAGGGUCAUCCGCACUCAGCGCCUAUGUGAGAAAGAGUAUGUUGUCUGUAUUCAUCCCUUUCUGUCUAAAGAAGUAUAGUGUUUGGCAAGUAUACCCAAUUAAACGAAACGUUAGCAUAUCAGUAUUGUUAUGGGUGUUUGCUCAAACGAUAUUUUUGUCCUGUACAGCUAAAAAGUUCAUUGUCAACGUUUAUGAACAUAUGCUUUUUUUUUUUAAGAGUUGUGCUUUAAUAAGUGGCCCCUUGUGCAACACAAAGCAUUACUGGUAUUAAAUGGUUUGGUUCAUGUAUGGACAAAUUUAUUAAAAUGUAGUAGGCGUUUUUCUCUAAUGCUGGCAUCCUAAUUUAAACAAGUGUAAACAAACAAUUUUUUUUAAACAUUUGAGCUCCUUGGAUAAAUGCACUCACAAAUUAAAUUCCUUUAAAUGUCAUUUUCAUAAAUAUAUUGGUCACGUGCUAUUGCAGAAUGGCUUUGUUUUAAAACUAUGGUUGAGCA